CGAACAAUUGUGCAUAUACCCAGUUCAAGACAUCAUGGCCACACCUAACAAUCUCACCAAACAGACCUUCGUCGUCAAAAGUCAUGAUGAAGUAGACGGAUGUCUUUCAGCUUCAUCUUCUUAUCGAUUUGCCAAACGAGUUUAUUUAUCGAUUGAAGUUCUAAAAGCUUUCAAAAUCUGUGCAGGCGAUCUUUUGAUGAUCAAAGCAGUACUUAAAACAGAUGAUAUUCAAAAAUUAAGUACAUUAGACGAAACGGUUUCUUCAAACUCAUCAUUACUCGCUUUCGCUAUCGGUGUAGCAUGGCCCUCUGCAAACCUCGAGAAAGAAAUGAUUGUUUUAUCGAUGGAUCAUCUCAUGACAACCUCGGUGGCUCCAGGCGACUUGGUUAGCGUGAUACCCCUACCCCCCAUCCUCCCUGUGGACCAUCGAGGUCCAGGAAAAGGCAUCAAGCUGCCUGAGGCGAGUUCCAUAACUCUCGCGGAAGUAGACCCGGACUCUAGUUCUCUACCCCAUUUGGAUAGAUCGGUAGUUCAGCUUAGACCAAGUUUAAGAUCUGAUGGACAACUCAAAGUGGGGAGAAUGUGGCAAGGAUUUAUGCGUGAGGUACUUGGUCCGUUCAAAUAUCGAGCCUUUUGAAAUUAGAUGGGAUGACAAAACUCGUAGGUCAACUAGGAUGUGACGCUCAAUUAUGUUCUAUGUCUGCUCAGUUGAUCGAAAGUAUAUAGCGAUCAACCACUAUGUUUCGAUCCCCAAUAACGCAGGUAGCCGUGUUUUGAGGGU